GCCAGCCAGCCAUUGUUCAACCCACUCCCACGGCACAACUCUCCACUUUACUCCUCUCUCUAAAAAAUAAAAAAACUCAGAUCCCUUCCUCACUCACCAUUUAAUGUGAAUUAACUCUCCUUCUGUCUCUCUUGUUUCUCAAACCAUACCUCUCCUCUGUUUCUCUCUCUGUUUUUUUUUUUUUUUUUGUGAGAGAGGGAGAGAACCUUCAUAGAAACCCAACCCAAUUCUACAUCUCAUAAUAAGUGAAUUCAUCAUCUUCUUCUCUGGCUAGUAAUUGCCAUGGCUUUCUCAACUUUCUCACCAACACCUGAUAAUAAUAACAACCACCACCACCAUCAUCAUCACCAUUCAAGAACACCUUCAAGAACAACACCCAAACGCGAUACUAGUGGUAAGAAAAAACCGCAACCACCAGCGAAAAACCCAUCUUCAUGGAACCAAAUCAAAAGCUUAAUAACAUGUAAAACAGUAGAAAACUCUAAAGUCCACGACCCAUCAUCAUCUAAGAACAACAACAUUCAUGGCGGGUAUUCGAAGUUAAGUUCAUCGUGUAGUUCUAUCUGUAAUUUCAGAGAUGUUGUUCAUGGUAAUACAAGAGUUGUCCAUAGAGCUGAUAAUUCACCUGAAAACAGCUCUGUUGGUCAAGAAACUGGUCUGUUAAGUCGAAAAUCAGUUCAUAAUAUUGGUUCUUCAUCAAAUCGGUCUACUACUAGUUCUGUAAGAUCUUCAAUUCAUACCAAUACUGGUACUACUCCUCUCCAUGGGUCUUACACUAAUUCAACAACAACUUCUUCUUCAAGAGGAAUGCAGCUCAGAAAACUCUCUGGGUGUUAUGAAUGCCACAUGAUUGUCGACCCCAGCAGGCGUCCAAUUACUCCAAGAACAACAAUCUGUGUUUGUAAAGAAUGUGGAGAAAUUUUCCCUAAAAUUGAAAGUUUAGAACAUCAUCAAGCCAUCAAACAUGCUGUUUCGGAACUGGGACCAGAAGAUUCAGGUCGAAAUAUAGUUGAGAUCAUAUUCAAGUCAAGCUGGUUAAAAAAGGACAGUCCAAUCUGUAAAAUUGAAAGGAUAUUAAAAGUCCAUAACACUCAAAGAACAAUCCAACGGUUUGAAGACUGUCGCGACUCGGUUAAAAUCCGAGCUACGAGUAACAGCACCACGAGAAAAAACGCUAGAUGUGCAGCUGAUGGGAAUGAGUUAUUAAGAUUUCAUUGUACGAGCUUGACCUGCGGACUCGGUGCACGCGGUUCGACUAGUUUAUGUGGCUCGGUACCUGGUUGCGGUGUUUGUACUAUUAUAAGACACGGAUUCCCUGGGAAGGCCCAUGAUCAUACUAAAGGGGUGUGUACUACGGCAACUAGUGGUAGGGCGCAUGAUAGUUUUGGUGGUGGGGCACUUGAAAGUUUAGGCGGUGGUGGUGGUGGAAAUAGAAGAGCUAUGCUCGUGUGCCGUGUGAUUGCUGGUAGAGUAAAGCGUACUGCUGCGGAUGAUGCCGCGGCUCAAGAGGAGGAUAAUAACACUAAUAUUAUGGCGGGAACUUAUGACUCUGUCGCUGGUUACGCGGGGAUUUAUGCAAAUCUUGAAGAACUUAUUGUUUUCAAUCCAAAAGCUAUCCUUCCUUGUUUUGUUGUCAUCUACACAUCUCAAUGAUAAUAACAACUUAAUUAAUAUUAGAGUGUAUUAGGAGGUUUAUUUAAAGUUUAAACUCUUUUGGGGGUUUGUUUAACUAUAUAAAUUUGAGUAGGAGGAUGCCAUAAGUAAGCAUGCUGAUGUAAAUAUAGUAUGUAUCUUUUCUAAGAGAGUUGUUUCUUUUGGUAAUUGAAGCACUACUAGUUUUUUUGCCCAAAUUUGGGUUUGAACUUUGAAGUGAGUGUUGGUGUUUGAUGUGCCCACUUGGUAGCCUGUAAUGGGGGUUUAUUCUAAGAAAAGUUAAAUCAAG